GCCCUAAUUUUCGGGGAAUUUUUUUUACAUGGAAAACACCCUCAAAAUCAUCGCAACAUCUCAAGUCAUUCAUUACUGAUUCAGCUCUAUAUUGUGUACCCCAUGGUGCAACAUAUAUCAUCAAAAUUAUGGAGUAGAUUCUUGUCAGAGGACAAGAUUGAUAAAUUUUCCAAGUCCGCCAGCCCGUUCAUUGGCGGCCACGAUUAUCUACUUAAUUGUGAUUAUAAGUUAACAUCUCCAAAUAAUAAUGAAAGAAUAGUAAAGUUUCGUGAUUUCAAACGCUGUGAUCAUCUAGCGCUCUUCCAGGCUCUUAGUCAGCGGUUAGAUCUUCGUAAUAUGGACAUUGAUGAUAAAGAUCCUAAUGAACUUACCUCUAUCUUUCUGACACUGCAGUCAUCGAUUCAU